AAAAAUGACGUCUUUCCUGUCUGUUAGUAAAUGGCGGGUAAAUCGUGAGAGAGCAGCUGUUAAUUUCGCUACAAAGAAAAACAGGUUGAUGAACUUCACCACGUCCCCGACAACCGGUCGACAGAGUAAUGGCGUCUAAAAGAGGCGCCCUCAUUGUGCUGGAGGGGGUGGACAGAGCCGGGAAGACGACACAGUGCAAGAAGCUGGUUCAGGCGCUGCAGCAGAGCGGCCGUCCGGCGGAGAUGAUGAGGUUUCCCGACAGGAGCACAACCAUUGGGCAGCUUAUCAGCGCCUACCUGGAGAAGAAGAGUGACCUGGAGGACCACACGGUGCACCUCCUGUUCUCUGCGAACCGCUGGGAGCUGGUACCUGUAAUGAAGAAGAAGCUGGAUCAGGGCAUCACUCUGGUGGUGGACCGAUACGCCUUCUCCGGAGUCGCCUUCACCAGCGCCAAGCCGGGCUUCUGCCUGGACUGGUGCAAGCGACCCGACGUGGGCCUGCCCAAGCCCGACCUGGUGAUGUUCCUGCAACUGAACCCGGCCGAGGCCGCACUUCGAGGUCAGUUCGGCAACGAACGAUACGAAACAAGCGCUUUCCAGAAAUCGGUGCAGGAGAAGUUUGAGCAGCUCAUGAAGGAUCCGUCGGUCAACUGGAAGAUCAUUGAUGCCUCCCAGAACGUUGAAGGUGUCCACGCCGACAUCAGAACACACAGCCUCAACGCCAUCAACGAAACCCAGAACAUGCCUCUAGGGGAGCUGUGGAAGUCAGCCUAAGCAGGUCACAAAGAAGCCAUGGCAACUGAAUGAUAAGACAGCAUACAGGGCCAUUGUAGAGAAAGUUUCUAAAAAGAAAAGAAAAAACUUCCAAUUUUUCUGGAAAAUAAAGUCUAAAGUUUUUAGAUUUGUCUCAGAAACUUUCUAGAAAAUUUAAAAGUGGAAAAUAUUUCCACUUUAGACACAAAAUUUCCUAAACAGAAAAAUGUUUGACUGUUUCCAAUUGUUUUCUAGAAAUUAGAUUUUUGUUUAUUUCCAGCAAUUUCUUUUUUUACUUUUUCAACUCAGAAAUUUUUGAGGUUUCCGAGAAGUUUUUUUGGCCGCACAUUUACUCUUUAUUUAUAUAUCUAUCUAUCUAUAUCUACAACAACCCUAAUACGCCAUCUUAUAACUUUUUUGCACACCGCACACUUUCCCUCUUAGAAACAGUAAAGAUGUAAUAUAACUUUUUCUUAUACAACCAGAAAGAGAUAAACAGUUGUGAUUUAUUUUUAGUCCUCUUACAUGUCUCUUGCUCCAUCACUUGCCUGCAUGUUGUUUUGAUUAAAUAAAUAAUUUUCAAACAAAA